AUGCCUGCUGAAGAAAUGGCCAAUUUGACAUUAGGAGCAAUUUAUACUUCCGAAAAGACAGGAUGCGACGAAUCGGGUGAUGGCUCCGAAUCGAAACCCUACAAAACAAUUUUACAAGCUAUGCGUCAUGCUGGCAAGGAACCAUUCCCCGUGAUCUAUGUCGACAGCAAGGAUCCCGAAGCUGUUGAAAAAUACGAAGUUGCUGCCAAAUCCCAAUUGAAGAAAAUCCAAAAAAUUUGGGUACGUGAAAAUUACAAAAGUGCCGAUAAGGAGAAGCGUGAGGCGGAAGACGCCGAGAAACGUGAUAAAAACUUGGAAGAGGCCAAGAAAAUUGUCAUUGCCGAAGAUCCCUCAUGGGCCAAGGCUGAGAAAAUCCGCAUUUUCGAGGGCGGCAACAAUCGUGGAAAACGUGUCAAAAUCUAUGGUUGGGUACAUCGUCUCAGGCGUCAGGGUAAAGGUUUGAUGUUCAUUACAUUGCGUGAUGGUACCGGUUUCCUGCAGUGUGUACUCACUGACCGCCUGUGUCAGUGCUACAAUGGUUUGACAUUGACCACGGAAUCAUCGGUACAAUUGUUUGGUACCCUGAAGCCAGUACCCGAAGGCAAAUCGGCUCCUGGUGGCCAUGAAUUGGAUGUCGACUAUUGGGAAUUGAUUGGCUUGGCUCCCGCUGGCGGUGCCGAAAGCAUUCUCAACGAAGAAGCCCAUCCAGAUGUUCAAUUGGAUAAUCGCCACAUUAUGAUUCGUGGUGAGAACACUUCAAAGAUAUUGAAAAUGCGUUCCGUUGUUAUGCAGGCCUUCCGUAGCCAUUAUUUGGAUCGUGGCUACUGUGAGGUAACACCACCAACUCUGGUGCAGACACAAGUUGAAGGUGGUUCAACGCUGUUCAAAUUGCAAUACUUUAGCGAGGAAGCCUAUCUUACCCAAAGUUCCCAAUUAUAUUUGGAGACCUGCCUACCCGCCCUCGGCGAUGUCUUCUGUAUUGCUCAAAGUUAUCGUGCCGAACAGAGUCGUACACGUCGCCAUUUGGCUGAAUAUACACACAUUGAAGCCGAAUGUCCCUUCAUUACCUUCGAUGAACUACUCGAUCGUCUUGAGGAUUUGGUAUGUGAUGUUGUGGAUCGUGUUAUGAAAUCACCAUGGGGUCAUAUUGUACAUGAAUUAAAUCCCGAGUUCAAACCACCCACUAAGCCAUUCCGUCGCAUGAACUAUGCUGAUGCCAUCAAGUGGCUGAAGGAGAACAAUGUCACCAAGGAUGAUGGUAGUUUCUAUGAAUUUGGAGAGGACAUUCCCGAAGCUCCUGAACGUAAAAUGACCGACACAAUUAAUGAACCCAUUAUGUUGUGCCGUUUCCCCAAAAACAUUAAAUCCUUCUAUAUGCAACCCUGUGCCGAGGAUUCCGAGCUGACAGAAAGUGUUGAUGUUUUGCUGCCAAAUGUGGGUGAAAUUGUUGGUGGCUCCAUGAGGAUUUACAACAAUGAGGAAUUGUUGAAGGGCUAUGAACGUGAGGGUAUCGAUCCUAAACCCUAUUACUGGUACACAGAUCAACGUAUCUAUGGUGCCCAACCACAUGGUGGUUAUGGUUUGGGUUUGGAACGUUUGUUGUGUUGGCUGCUCAACCGUUAUCACAUUCGUGAGGUAUGCUUGUAUCCACGUUUCUUGGACAGAUGCAAGCCUUAAAUGCCCA